CUCAUCCCAGCAGCCCCAACGCCAAGUUUGACAAGGCAACAAAGGCCGCAUGACGCCAUGACAACUGUGGCGCCCCCACCCCUUUUCUGGCUGCAGGGUGCUCCGUGACACACAUUAAGUCAGCUGAUCCAAAAAGGGAGGAAUGAAUUUGGGGGUCCGCCUCGAAGAUGGAGAGGCCGACAGACGCCCCGAGAGUUAACCAAAUUUCAUUCUCUAGUGAAAAAGCACCCUCAAUGGCAAUUCCCGAUCUGAAUUACAAUAGCUACACCUUUGAAAACGAAGCCAUGGAGAAAUUCAGUAUCCAGGAUGACUUACCAGCACACAUCUUCUCCAGACUGCAGAGCACGCUUCGGAUGGAUAGUAUUCCACAAGCUAUACGAGACAUAAUUAUGAGUGCUGAUAACAUUUUGGAACCUACCGGCCUACAAUCAACAACUGCUUUGUUAUAUGAAGAUCCCUUUGAAGUAGCUCAGAAAUACUUGGAAAAACACAACAUUAUGCAAAUAUUCCAGCGGAUCACUGAAAACUUAAUCUAUGAACUGCCUGAAGACCCUUUGUAUUUUUUGCUGGGGCAGAUUCAACAAUUAAUCAAAGAGAGGGAUGAAAAAAAGUAAAACCUGCAAAUAAAGAACUUUCCCUCAUUCUCAACCAUCA